AACGCUAAUGGAUGCAAGCUGCCGAUAAACUCUAAAGAAGAAGAAGAAGAAAAAGUAGCGUCAGGGAACUGGGUAGUUUAAGUGGACUUCUGUUGCCAAGUUUAUGAGCUUAAUUCGCAGUUUUAACAUUUAAUCGAGCAGGAUGAGCGCGCAAGAUAUGCUAAAAGUGUUCAUCACCAGACGCAUCCCGCAGGAGGGCAUGAAAAUACUCCAAGAAGACGGCAGGUGUAAUUUGUCAGUUUGGGACUCUGAUGAGCCUGUUCCCCGGGCAGAGCUCUUGAAGGGAGUGGCAGGUGCUCAUGGGCUUCUCUGUUUGCUCUCAGACCGCAUUGAUGCUGAGGUCCUGGAUGCGGCUGGACCCAACUUGAAAGUGAUCAGCACACUUUCUGUGGGAUUUGACCACCUUGCCAUAGAUGAGAUUAAGAAAAGAGGAAUAAGAGUUGGCUACACUCCUGAUGUUCUGACAGAUACUACUGCUGAGCUGACAGUGGCUCUGCUCUUGGCCACUGCUCGACGUCUUCCCGAGGGUGUACAGGAGGUCAAGAAUGGUGGUUGGAGUACGUGGAAGCCCUUGUGGCUAUGCGGUUAUGGUCUGUCUGGCAGCACUGUUGGGGUUAUUGGAUUGGGACGCAUAGGUCUGGCCAUUGCAAGACGACUGAAGCCCUUUGGAGUGAAGAGACUGCUGUACACAGGCAGACAGCCCAAACCUCAGGCCCAAGAGGUCGACGGGGAAUAUGUGCCAUUAGAGAGACUGGUGAGUGAGAGUGAUUUUGUGGUGGUAGCCUGUUCUUUGACUCCUGACACUCAGGGACUGUGUGACAAAGCCUUCUUCGGCAAAAUGAAGAAAUCUUCAGUCUUUAUCAACACGAGCAGAGGGGCAGUUGUGAAUCAAGAGGACUUGUUUGAUGCACUCAAAAGUGGUCAGAUUGCAGCGGCAGGGCUUGAUGUCACAACCCCUGAACCUCUGCCAACCAACCACCCACUGCUGACCCUUAAAAACUGUGUGAUUCUCCCUCAUAUUGGUAGUGCCACCUACUCCACACGUGGUGUCAUGGCUGAACUUUCUGCAAACAACCUGUUGGCAGGCUUGACAGGCACGGAAAUGCAGAGUGAGCUGAAGCUGUAGUGCACUGAUCUGUGCCAUAUCUAAAAACUUGCACUAAUUCAAUCACUAAAUUUAUGAAUGAGAAAAGUCAGUACUGUAGAAUCUAACCAUUAAAUGCAUUGAUUUAACUAACUGAGAUUUGAGAGGACAUGGUUUAUUAUGCCUAUUUCUUCAAAUGUAACACUAAUACUGCACAGUACACUCAAAUUUCCAUUUGUUUAAAUUGUGUGGAUAGCAAAAAGACAAUGAAGAAUGAAUGAAUGACAAGGUAUUCAAUAUGUAAUAACUGAUUCAUUGAAAUUCCAGUAUUUUGGCAUCUCAUGGAGAAGCACAUUUUGUUGGUAGAAGUUAAGGCACAUUUUUUUUUUAAACAGAAGAUUUGAAUAAAAUGUGAAUGUCUUAGUCGUUAAAUUGAUUUAAUAAAAAAAUAAAAUGAUUAUCAUGUGAUAAUGUGUUCAUGUAGUGUUUAGUUUCUACUCUCAAUACAUUUGAAAUAAGGUUUAUAAGUGGGUACAACAAGGUAAAUUAUAAGUAAAUGUUUAAGUUGUUAAAGGGAUAGUUUGGCCAAAAAUAAAGAUUCUCUUCAUUUACUCACACUCAUGCCAUCCCAGAUGUGUUUGACUUUCUUCUGCAGAACACAAAGAUUUUUAGAAAAAUAUCUUGGUUGUUGGUCCAUACAAUGCAAGUGAAUGGUUGCCAAAAAUGUUAAGCUCCAAAAAGCAUAUAAAGGCAGCAUAAAAUUAAUCCAUAUAUUCAGAAGUCUUAUGACAGGUGUUGGUGAGAUACAGAUCAAUAUUUAAGUCGUUUUGUAUUAUAAAUCUCCAUUUUAAAAUGGCCUGUAAGUGCUCUUCUCACCAGGAGUUAUUCUUCUUUUGUUUUUGUCAUGUCUCAUUCUUUGUGCAUAUUGCCACACAUUUGGCAGGGAGGACAAUUUAUAGUAAAAAAUAAAACAUUAAAUAUUGACCUGUUUCUUAUUAACACCUGUCAUAUUGCUUCUGAGGACAUGGAUUAAACCACUGGAGUCUAAUGUUUACUUUUAUGCUGCCUUUAAUUGCUUUUUUUUUUUUUAGCUUAAAGUUCUGGUCACCAUUCACUACAGAGAUGAAAUAUUUUUCUAAAAAAAUUAUAAUAAGUGUUCUGC